GCAUUCAAUAAUUAUCCGUGCUUUUACUUUUCCGAUUUGGUGCUUGAUUUCAGUUUACUUGUACUUCUAAAAUUGAUCGCAACUCAUUAGUUGACCUACACAUAAGUUGACUUUUUUCGAUAUAAUUUCUUACAAUAGAAAUGGUUUUUAAGUAUCUAUCACGCCGUUAUGACGAAGAGUUCCAAACAAGGGCAUAUAAAAUCAAUGAAAGUAUGAUGAAUGUCAAGAAUGCACCAGUAGUUAUUAAAGUCAGUCCAGUUAAUGAAUACACAAAACUAAAGUCCGAAAAAUCAGUGAAAACAAAGGAUAAAGUACAGUCAAAACCCAAAUUCAAGAAACUACUACGUAAACGUGAUGGGUAUGAUGUAGAUACUAUACCAAUCACAACACGUCAUAAACUCGAAAAAAUUCUUAAAGUACCUUUACUUGAACGUUACAAGGGUGUGAACGAUGGUAAUCCGAGUUAUAAAAUUUGGAAACCCGAUAACCAAUCUCCGAUAAGCAAAAAAUCUUCAACAAAUCUUGAGUUAUUAAAAAAAGAUUUCAUUGGUAAAACUAAAUCUCAGAAUAAGUUUGAAAAUGACAACGAGAUGGACAAACUUAUGGAAGCUGAUGAAAUAAAUUCCAUUCGGUCAAAUGAAGUUAGUGGUACCAGUAGUUAUGGUAUUGAAGAUAGCAAUAAACAAAGCUAUGAUUGUUUGACUUGUGGAAAACAGUUCAAUAAACCCUGGAAACUAGAAGGUCACUCCCGUGUGCAUACUGGCGAAAAACCACUGGCGUGCCCAUUAAAAUCAUGUGACAAAUGUUUUGCUAAUCAUUCUAACUUACGUGCUCAUCAACGUGCCAAAGGCCAUCACGACUGGUCCUUCAAAUGUUCGCUGUGUUCUAAAGCUUUUAUUUCAAUGAUGUCUUUAGGUCGCCACAGUGCUUCCGCAUGUCAAAAGUAUAUAUUACAACAGAAGCGGGCGAAGGCUGUUGGUAAAACUAUUACAUGAAGAAGAUGAACAUAUUAAAUGCCUUUUAUAGAAUUAUCCAUUUUUAAUAUAAUAUAAACAAAUAUAAGUUAUACUAAGAAUAGAACUAAAUUGUAAUAAAGCUGAAUCAUAUCUUCUCUCACUGCAUGUGAUUCGACAUAAGAAAUAAAGAUAUAUAAA